GCCCGACUAGACGCAGCUACCGCCCCGCAGAAGCAGCAGUCCAGUGCAUUCAGCUGUUUCCAGUGUAUUUUGGGAGUUUAAAAUGAAGCAACAUGUUUGAAAACUUCAGAGAGAAGCUGCAGCUGGUGCAGCAGGAUGUUUCCACCAGCUUCAAGACUCUGGGAGACAUCUCAAGAGACGGCAAAGUGAAGAGGAGAUCAAGGCUUGAAGAGAAUUUUCCUCACUUGAGUGCUGGGCUGGGGGUCCUGAGCAGGUACGAGGAGAGCUGGUUCCUGCUUCAUAAAAGGACUAAAGACUGUGGUGAGGCGGCGGAGGCCGUGGACGGAGACAUCGUGAUGCUUUCAGCUCACUGGGAGAGGAGGAGAGACGCUCUCACACAACUGCACGAACAAUUUGAAAGUCUGCCAGAUUUAAUCAGUGAAUUUGAUGCCAUCACUGCUAGCAUUGCUCAUCUGGAAGGAGAAUUUGAGGAGAUGGAGAGCAGGCUGGUUUACCUGGAGACGCUGUGCUCCCAGUGUGACCAACACACCUUCAAAAAACACCACAUGGACCAACUGGAAAUCUACAAGAAGAAGAAAAGGAAGGAGGUGGAUGCGCUGGAGGAGGAGCUGAACACGGAGCACGCUCAGAGGCUGGCGGAGCUGGAGCAGGUUCUGCAGCAGAAGCUGAGAGAGAGGCAGAAGGUGUACGAGGACGCCUUCAACCAGGACGUGCAGCAGUAUCUCUCCACCGGACAGCUGCAGCACAGAGGGUCGGCUGGAGCUGAUCUGUGUAGUCUGGACCAGGUGAUGGUCACCAACACGUCUGACCUGGAGGCUCUGGACAACUUCCUCAACUCCAGCAGCUGUGACAUCAGCACCGCAUCCUCCCCGACCUCAGGUCCAGACCCGGACUCCCCCUCCUCCGACUCCCUGAGCCGGGCCCCCCCCAGCAGCGCUCCAGAGUCUGGUCUGGAGUCCGGUCCAGAGUCCGGCCAGACUCCGGCCUGGCAGCAGGACGAGGCCAGCGAGGAGAGCGAUGAGCUGCAGGUGCAGUCGGAUGAGGAGGACGUCACGGCGGACACGUCCCUGGCCGGCCUGCAGGACGACGGCGCCACCUGGGGGUCCGACGAGAGCGACUGUGUGGGGGAGAGACCUGCCGGGGGACGGGACCGCCGGGCCCUGGAGGCUCUCUGAAGUCUGGAACCCCUCUGUCCCCCCCCCCAACCUCCUCCUGAAUAAAGAA